AGGUGUUUGAGAAAUUUGCAUUUGAGUGUGUAUGUUACAACUUUACAUUACUUAAUGCUAUUAUCGUUGUAUUAUUAGUCUAACUCAACAAGUGGUGACAACUGACAAGUAGUUGGCCUGGCAUACAGGAUAAAAUAAAUUCUGGACAGCCUAAACCUCUAAUUUUUACUGUUUGGCGUUUUGAUGUUGCGACAACUGGGUUAAUUAUCGUGACCAAUGACGGUACCAAGUUCACAACGUCAGAACUUUUUUAUGCAAGUUUUAGAAAUAUAUUGAACUCAUUUGAAGAUAAUGCUUUUUAUUUGCAGGAGAUUUUGUUCAAGCACUUGCACUUCCUUCAUUUAACUUGUCAAAAGAGUAAGGCUCCCUCGUCUUUCUUAUCAAUUAAUGGUCAUUAGGCCCGACUGCCGGAAGAAAAGGAUACACACAUUUAAAGGUUUUCUCGUAAAGCUGUGCGAGCAGAGGGCUAUGAUUUACUGGGAUUUGGUCCGGGUUUUGAAUUACAAUGAUGUAAGGAGAUCCUUAUAAUGUGUAAAUCAAAUGUAUAUAUAUUGCAACCAUGAGGGUGUAGUAAACAAACGGCAUUUAAUAGCCAUCAGUGAAGGAACUAUUAUCGAAGGUAUCCACUGCACUCCAGAUUCUGUGGAGCUGCCACCUUCACAGGCAGAUAUGUUAAGACCUUGUCUUCGCAUAGUGGUUCAUGAAGGGAGAAACCAUGAAGUUCGAGAACUUGUGAAGAAUGCUGGACUGGAGGAUUGGGAAGCAUGUUGAACUAAAACAAAGUGAAUUGAAGGCAUUGGGUUGGAUGAAUUGAAAGCAUUGCUGCGUUACCGCCAUACUAUGAGUUCUCACUUGAAUCAAAUGAAAACGAAUUCAAGAUUUCAGCCUGAAUUUUGCUCAUGCUCAAUGAUUUACAGUUGAAACGCCUCCUGGUUUAUAUGGUUUGAGGUAUGCCACUGCCAGUAAUAGUAGGCAAGCUAUUAGACCAGAAGUUAAUACGAGAUGGGAGUUCAUCUUUUAAAUCUGGAAAAUAUUUAUAUUCCUAAGCAUGUAUAUCGACAGACGCUUUGAAAUGUAAAUGUGUUAGUGAGAAUUAGCAUGCUCAAAUUAACUGAUUGAGUUUGGUUAAACCGAUUGAAUCAUAGUGGCAGCAUUUAGUUCAUCUA